GUUUACAAACAAAUGCUGUGAUUUUCAAUGUUCUUUAUUAAUAACAUAAUCGCUGCAAUCAUAUUGCACACUGAGCCCAGAGGCUCUUGGUGGAUGAUAAGAAAAUAAAGAGGAGGUGAAUUUUUAACCAAAUAAACACCUUUAAAAAUAUGCUUUUGUUGUUUUAUUUCAUUUGUGACCUCUACCUUUAACCCAUCACCACAGUGAGCAGGGAGCAGCUCAGGCUGAGUGCCAGGGGGACAUUGUGUGGGUACGAUGCCAUUGUCAGUGGUGCCUAGUGGAUUCGAACCUGCGACCUUCGGACACAAUUCGCCUUACUUAACCAUCAGGCCACUACUGUUUUAUACCUGGUUGUUUUUACAACCCUCCCACCCCCCUACCACCACCACUACCACCCCGGUGAAGUGACUAAUGUUUAACAGCUCAUUGUGUUGUUUUGAAUCUCCACAGUAACAUAUAAUUUAAACCAUAACUUUAACUGGAAACAACUACAUAGUGUGAUUCUUGCACUGCUGCAUCUCUGGAGUCUGAGAUAAUGCCCAACAAAGCCCAAGAGGAUGCUGUCAUUAAUCUGAAGACACUCAAAGAGAUUUCUAGUCACCUGGGUUUUGAGUGGACCUCUGUGGGUUAUGAGCUGGGCUUCAGCCGGGCAGAGAUUGGCUGCUUUCACCGGAGUUCUACAGACAAGAUAAUACAGGCCAGGACCAUGUUGGAGAGUUGGUAUGAGCGGUCAUGGGAUAAGCCCAAUAAAACUAAGCUGUUGCGGGAUGGACUGGAGCGAGCUGGCAGACGAGACCUGGCUGAAAGGCUGCGUUGUCUUCACUGGGGCCAUCAGAAGCUGAGCCAGAGAGUGGAGCUGCCAUCUGCCUUUCCUUUCCUCAUCACCGUCCACAAGACCAUCCACAACAAGGAUGCCCUGCGCAAAAUCAAUGAACUUAACAGUCGACAUACUUAAGAUGUAGCCAAAAUUAAUAAAGGUAGAUGUCCUAUAAGAUUCACCUCCAAGAUUCAGGACAUGGGUCUGUUUUUCUUCCACUGUCUCUGAGGUUUUUGGUCUGGAGGGAGUUAAACUUUUUGCAGUCACAAAUUAAAGAAAGCUAUUUUUUCGCAAAACAAACUAAUAGUGGUGAGUUGGUAAAAUAAAAUAAAAAUAAUAAUAUAGCCAUAUUAUUGUAAUAUGUGGUAAUUUGAAAUCAAUCAGUUUAUAUAUUAUUGAUUCAUUUAGAACCAUGGCAUCAAUCAGGAUCAAAACUCAAUGCACUAAAAUGUAACGUGUAAUAAUGCAGUAUAGCCUUUGUCUACAGUGUUUGCUAUUGGUAUUUGUAGUAAUAGUAGAUGUACACUUCAAAAAGCGUUACUCACAGCCAAACAUUAUUUGACCUAGUAACACUACCAAUCAGAGGCGAGGAUUGUUUUAGCAAGGUUGUAUGAAUUAGCAAUGACAUUUAACGGACGUUAACCAAUGCGACCUUCACAAUAAGAUGAUAUAUAACUGAUUUUAAGUUAAGGGGGAUACAUUCAAUUUGUAGAGUCUAAAAAAUACAUGCGUUUCAAUUAAAUGUUAUCAGGAAGUUACUGAGUUUUAAAACAAAUUAAUGUUGGUAAAGAAAAAGAGAUACGAAUCUUUUAUUUUACUAAUCGUUUUCGGAUAUGAUGGCUUUAAGUUCAUGACUACUUUAACCACAGCUGCUGUUUGACAAGAGAGUUAGACGUCUAUAUACAGACAGUGGAGUCCAAAAUUAAUGUAAGGAAGUUUGGAUUCAGGGUUUUAUCUUAUAUACUCUGAAUAGCUGUAGAGUAUAUAUGAUUGAAACGCGAAACUAUGAUAAUAAGAAGAGAGAAGACUGUUGUUUUGGUUUGAACCCCCACCGCUCUGCUGUGUCUAUCCACAGCACAACACAGGUUUGAUUUCGGAUUGUAAAUGUGAUGCUUUGAGAAAUAUAAUUUCUUUGGGCUGAAACUCUGCACCUUGAGGUCGCAGUAGCAGCAGAGGUAGCAGUAAUGGCUUCGGCUCUGAGCGGCUUCGGUGGUCCGGAGGUGCUGGAGGACGUGAACCAUGCUCGGGGUCUGAUCACGGAGCUCAAGUCUCUGUACGACAGUCGGCUGCUGGGCGAUGUCACCAUCGAGGUGGAGUGUGAAGAAGAGCCCCUGUUGGAUGUUGGAGGUUCAGCUUUAGGUGAAGCCGACCGAGUUUUCCUUUGCAGCCGCAACAUUCUGGCCGCUGCCAGCCCGUACUUUAAGAGCAUGUUCACCGGUGGAUUGAACGAAAGCGUGCAGAAGAGAGUGGUGAUCCGUGGCGUGGAUUCUGAAUCCAUGUCCGUCAUCGUUGAUUACUGCUACACAGGCAGGGUGACUGUGACUGAGGGUAACGUCCAGAGGUUGUAUGCAGCAGCCAACAUGCUGCAGCUGGAAUACAUCAGAAAGGCUUGCUCUGGUUUCAUGAGCAGACGCCUGGAUCUGUCCAACUGCGUGGGGAUACUGAGGUUUGCAGACACCUUUGACAAUCCAGAACUAAAGGAGAGCGCCCAUGCUUUCAUAGCCAGGAAUUUUAAUCAACUGUGUACAGGAGGAGAGCUGUGUGAGUUGGACCUGGUCCAGCUGAAGGAGUUGUUGUGUCUGGACACUUUGGACGUAGACUGUGAAAGAAAAGUGUGUUCAGCAGCUCUGCAGUGGAUCGAAGCCAACGCUCCCCAGAGAAGGGAUGAUGCUUUGCAGGUGUUCAAGUGUGUUCGCUGGAAUCUGUUUACUGAAAAGGACAGGUGUUUCCUGGAGGAUCUCAUGUCCAGGCCUCUCAUUGAGAAGCACCUUGCCUUGUUUUUUAACAGGUCUGCAGAUGAUGGCUGUGCAAUGCUGGAACCUCAGGAUGUACCAAAAAACAGAAUAGGUGUCAGUGCUAAAGAGAUGAUCCUCUUCUUUGGGUUACCCAAUGACAAUAUCAUGUGCUGUGAUCCCUACUCAGAUGACCUCUAUUUCAUGGCUCCUCCUUUAGAGGAUCUCAGCAGUCAGGACUACAAACGCUCCACCAUGGAGUCCUUAAUUGCCUGUGCCACUCCAGAAAACAACCUGUAUUUGGCCUCCCACCUUUCAAAACACUUCUGGCUUUAUAACCCCGUGCUCAACAGCUGGCAAGAGUUGGCAGAAAGACCUUUAGGGAGGAUACACUCUGGGAUGUGCUACCUCAAUGGCCAUGUGUACCUUUUAGGGGGAAGGAACCCAGUGACAGAUGCCAGACUAAAGGAGGUGGAAUGCUACAGCAUUCAGAGGAAUCAGUGGACAUUCGUGGCUCCUCUGCCUCACUCUCUGGGUAAAAUGCAGGUGGUGGCCUUAAACGACCACCUGUAUGUGGUGAACAAAAGGAGAAUGCUCUGCUAUGACACCAAAAGAAACCGCUGGCGACACUGUGGCUCCCUGAGGAGGGACAAACUUCAUAAAGCCUGCGUGUUUCAAGACCAGAUCAUCUGUGUGUGCGACACCCCUGUGGUUAAAGCCUACAGUCCACUCAGGGGGGAGUGGAAGCGGUUGGGUGACAUUCCUAUUGACAGUCGAGCGCUAAAUUACCAGGUAAUCCAGCAUAACAACAAGCUGCUUCUCCUCACUCAGACUUUACUGCAGCACAACAAGAACAGGGUCCUCAUCCAUGAAUACGACCCAGCCAGAGACACGUGGAAGAGCAUCAUGGCGGUGUACGUGUCCACUCUGGGGCCUGUGUGUGUUUCCACACGCGUCUACCCAGCAUGUCUCAGCUCAGCUCACAGCUUCUCUACAGAGGAGGAUGAUGACAGUGGCUCCAGUGCUGACUGGGACUUGGAUGGUUUAACAGAUGCAGACUCAGACUCUGGCAGCUCAAGCUCUUUUUCAGAUGAGAAUUGGUAGAAUUUAAAUGUUUUACUGUGUCAAAUGGAAUCAAAAGAGUAUUUAUAACUUUAUAACAUGCAUUACAGUGUUCUGCCAGACCACAGAUCCAUAAUUAUGGUCAGUAUUAAAGCCAUUAGAUCACUGAGAGAGGAGUUUUUUUCAUGACUUCAAGCUAGGCUAAUGACUAUGUAGAAGAAAGGAAUGUCGGCCAUUGACCAGACACUUUCUCAUGUAUAUUACAUAAAUAGAGACAACAAACCUUACCCAUGGGUUCAGUAUGUUUUCAACGUACAGAACAGAAAUGCAACUGUUUUUGGUGAAUAGAAGGUUGAGCACUAAAUCAGCUGAAUGAAGGAAUCUGCAAUGGGAUAAUAUUAAACCACUAUUGAUGUCAAACAUCAAAGUACCAGCAGUUCAUUCAUACUUGGCUUAUGUUCUUAAACCCAUGUGUCCAGUUCUUCCGAUUAUGAGAAUAUCUUGUUUCCCUGGAGAACAAAAUCCAUGGCAACUACAGUAAGAUCUAUGUAACCGCUGUGUUGUGUUGAUAAAUCAAAGCUCCUGGUUUAGUAAGGAAUCAUUUGUGGCCUUGAUGCCUCAAAAGUGGAAAACACUGUAUUUUCAAAGAAUCUUAUCGCUCGCAUCUGUUUUCCCUAACGCAAAAAUGUUUGAAAAAUACUGUUAAAGGUUGGCAGUAAUUCAUUACUUGGUUGAAGUAAUGAAUCCAAUGUAUUUUUCAUAGUGAAUCACUAUGUUUCACUAGGUAUAGAGUUUGGAUAUUAGUUUUCAUUUUUCCUGCUAGCUCAUAAUGAGGCAAAAAAGUUUUUUUUUUCUUUAUUCCUCUGGUGACUCAAACUUUUCUUGGUCCCACUGCGUUACCUUCCUUUUCUCUUACCCUGAAAACAGAUGUUCAAAAUGUGUGAUGAUAAAUGAAUAAGGAGUUAAUGAAAGAAAUCCAGAAUUCAAAGAAACAGCUUUCUUCUGAGUCUUAUUUCAAUAUUAGACUCAAUAUGCAUUGUUUUUGUAAAUGUUGUUUCUUUAUUUUUGUUGAACUUGUAAGUUGUAAAAACAAAUUCAAAAAACAAAUCUUAAAUCAAGCUGAAAUUUACCAUUAAAGGUUUGUAAAAGUCAACAAAAAACUAACUUAAAUUGAUUGAAAGCACAAAUUUAAUGUUAAACUUCAAUACAGGUGAUGAUAUUUGAAGUAUUGAUUAAUUGAUUACUGUGACUCUGCUGCAUAAGUGGUACAUGUUUUUGACUUUAAAUCUAAAUAAUUUAUUUGUAAACUAAAGAAAAAUUAAAUUGUUUUUUAUGUAAAGUAUGCUGCAGACUGAAAAGGUAAAAAUUACUGCAUCAAACUUAAUAGCCAAUGUACGAUACCCUUACUCAGGUUUAAGUCUCAAUGCCAUGAGUACAAUUAUCUUUUUGAAAAUUAUGUUGGUAUGGAAAAAAAUACUUAAUUGAAGUAAUUUUUAAACAGCGUAUAUAUGUGUAUGUGAUUUUGUAUUUGUGGUACAUAUUUGGCAAGAAAUACUGCCAUUUCGUGAUGUUCUGUCCUGAGUGAGAUAUUUUAUUUAAAGAAAAAAUUAUUUGCAUGUUAACAGCUAUUACGUAUAGCCACUGUCUUUAACGAUCAUCUUUUACAUUCACAGUUUUCUUAAGUUUUAGUGUAAUGUUAAUAAAAUCGUUUUUGAGACACAACUUGGUAUAAUGCAAUACCUCAACAUACCACAGGCUGCAAAAUGUACAAUCAAACAGUAAAAUGACCAUAACAUUUUUACAAGGCUACCAGUGCUCAUUGUUUGUACCUAAUAAACGGGUGAAAUGUGGCUAGACAGUUAGGUCAGUAUGAUGGAUUCUUGAAAUGAGACAGUAUUUUGAGGGUGUGUGUUGUAGGGCAGGGUGGGAGUGUUUGGUUGUGAUAACACGAAAUCUGGAUCAUUAAACAGUGUUGGUGUAUGUGACAAAUAAAGUGUAACAAAGAUCU